AACUCUGCCCUGUUAUCAGUCGUGUUGUUGGCUUCUUCUGCAGUUGCUCAAUUUCCGCCAAAGCCUGAAGAUGUCAAGACUGUAAAGUCAAAGUUCCAUCAUGGCAUCGAGAUCUCGUACAAAGAGGUUGAUACUACCGAAGGUGUUCGCAGUUUCUCUGGAUAUGUCCAUCUGCCUCCCCACAGCAUCAAUGAGACACACGAGAGACAAGACUAUCCUAUCAACACUACAGCUNUCUUCUGGUUCUUCGAAUCUCGCAAGGACCCUCACAAGGCUCCUCUGUCGAUUUGGCUCAAUGGUGGACCAGGAGGAAGCUCCAUGAUGGGAGCUCUUUCUGAAAACGGUCCUUGCUUCGUCAAUAACGACAGCAAUUCUACAUACCUCAACCCGUGGUCGUGGAACAAUGAGGUAGGGCAAAGAUGUGCUAUAGCACAAGACAUUGCUCAUCCAUUCGAUAGGNUCAACAUCUUGUACAUUGAUCAACCUGUUCAAGUCGGAUAUUCGUAUGAUACCCCAACGAACAUCACUGUAAACUUACUUGCCGACAAUGAGGGACCCGACUCCAUUCAGGUUGCCGACUUCAGCUCCGGUGUUCCGGACCAAAACUCUACUUUCUUGGUUGGCACCGCCAGUAGUCAGAACGUCUCUGCCACCGCCAACAGCACGCAGCACGCGGCUGUUGCUUUCUGGCACUUCGCUCAAACAUGGUUUGAAGAGUUCCCGCAAUACAAGCCCCACGACGAGAAGAUCUCUCUCUUUACCGAGUCUUACGGCGGUAGAUACGGUCCUACUUUUGUCAAGAAGUUCAUGACCCAAAACGAGUUGAUCGCCAAUGGAUCGAUCUCAGGCCCCGGCACCCAUUAUUUGCACCUCGAUACUUUGGGCAUAAUCAAUGGCUGCAUUGAUUCCGAGGAUUCCGCUUCUGCAUACGUCGAGUUUCCGGUGGCUAACACCUACGGCAUCCAAGGCUUCACCGAAGAGCAGUACUUCGAAGCCAAACACAACUUCAUCCGCAAAGGAGGUCUGCGCGACCAGAUCCACGAAUGUCGCAGGCUGCAGGUCGAAUCCGAUCCUAACGACUACGGUGAUGUCGAAAAGACCAACAAAUACUGUAUGCAAGCCGCCGAGAACCUGGCAAACCAGACUGUCGCCCUCUACAUGGAGACCAAGAACUUUGGAUGGUUUGACAUUACUCACCAACAGAACGAUCCGUUUCCGGGCACAUACCUUAUGGGCUACUUGAAUCAGCAAUGGGUUCAGGAAGCACUGGGUGUGCCCGUGAACUUCACUGCCGUUUCGCCCACCGUUUAUGAAGCUUUCAUGCACACUGGCGAUAUCUCCAAAGGUGGACUGGUUGAAGACAUUGCUUACAUCCUCGACAACGGCGUCAAAGUAGCCAUGAUGUAUGGCGAUCGCGAUUACGCUUGCAACUGGCUUGGUGGUGAAGCAUCAUCCCUAAAGAUCCCGUGGGAUUCUCAAGAAGCAUUCUCGAAAGCCGAAUACACACCUCUUGUUUUGUCUCCUGUACAUUCAGGUGGUCUGGUCAGACAAUACGGUAACCUGAGUUUCACCAGAGUGUACCAGGCUGGUCACUUGGUACCUAGCUACCAGCCUCAAGCCGCAUAUGAGAUCUUCAUGCGUAGCUUGUUCAACAAGGACGUUGCCACCGGUACAGUUGCUGUGUCAGACCAGUACAAGACCAAUGGAACCGAGGACGCAUGGACCCCUAGUGAUGUUCUGCCCGCGCCCGAGAACGAGUGCUAUACUCUGAACCCCGACUCCUGUACCGAGGAAGAGCAAGAGUGGCUCAAGGAUGGCAGCGCCAUUGUCAAAAACUGGAUUCUUAUUGGCCGUGAGAAGGGCGGUAAGAGAGGUGGACAGCAGCAGGUUCUGGCUGCGAAGGGCAUGCUGGAGCUCUAG